AUGAACACGGAGUCCACUGGGGCGGUGCAGCAGAAGGCGAAGGAGUAUCUCUCCAAGGACGCUAUCGAGGAGCUGCGUAACUUUGGUGACAAGACUAGCACGCGCGUACGUCAUGGACUGCUUCCGCGCGACCACCACCACACCGUCGACACCGCACACGAGGAAAAGAUCAACGCGUACAUUGCUGAGCGGCGGACGUGGCGGCAGAAUGUGUACGUGAUGCGCAACUUCGAGUACUGGCGGCUGCGGGCGGAGUUUUACCCCUACAUUGAGCGCAGUGACGAGCGCAAUGAGGACUUCUUCCUUCGCGGCAUCUCCUGCCACCCGCGGCUUAGUGACUACCCGAUGUGCCGCACCGUGAUACAGGACUACUUCAUCUGUCGCGACAAAAACAAAGUGAUGCAGCUGUUCAACAUGUGCGCUCCGCUGAAGGAGCAGUUCUGUGCGUGCAUCAACGAGGUGUUCGUAAAGAACCACAAGCGCGGCGACAAGAAGUUCAACGCGCACCGUGAGGAGUACUUUGAGGAGCAGCGGGAGAAGCGGUUCUCCAAGAUGCUUGCGCACGCAGAGGAGUCGAUGGAGCAGCGGAAUAAGCUGCAGGAUUAA